AGGGUUUUGUUCCAGUGUGUGGAGUAAUGGCGAACAUCGCUGUCUGUGCGCGAUUCAGACCUCUGAGCUCCAAAGAGAGAAGAGAUCAUACCGAUGGCGUCUUCAUUCGAUCCUUGGAUGCUGAAACUUUCGUUCUCAAGGAUGAGAAACAAGAAGAGCACGAGUUUAGCUUCGAUAGGGCAUUCUACGAGGGAUCUGAACAAGCCGAUGUCUACGAAUUCUUAGCUCUGCCAAUUGUUCGAGAUGCUGUUAAUGGAAUAAAUGGGACAAUCAUUACAUAUGGACAGACCGGAGCAGGGAAGACAUACAGCAUGGAGGGUCCCAGCAUUCUGGAUUGUGAUGAGAAGAAGAAAGGGUUACUCCCAAGAGUAGUGGGCGAACUUUUCACGAGCAUUAAAAUUGCUGAAGAUAUGUCGAAGUACACAAUCAAAUUGUCGAUGGUGGAGAUUUAUAUGGAGAAAGUAAGGGACCUUUUUGAUUUGUCAAAGGACAACAUACAGAUCAAGGAGAGUAAAGCGCAAGGAAUCAUCUUGUCUGGUGUAACGGAAAUCUCUGUAUUGGACCCUGCUGAUGCAUCACGAGUUCUAUCUAAGGGGAUUGCCAACAGAGCAGUUGGAGAGACCCAAAUGAAUAUGGCAAGCAGUAGAAGUCAUUGUGUAUACAUAUUCACAGUCCAGCAGGAACUAAUCACUGAUAAGAGGUCGAAAACGGGAAAGUUGGUUCUUGUGGACUUGGCCGGAUCUGAGAAAAUCGAGAAGACUGGGGCUGAAGGAAUAGUUCUUGAAGAAGCCAAGACAAUCAAUAAGUCACUUUCUGCUCUUGGCAAUGUAAUCAAUGCAUUGACCAGCAGCACACCUAGCAAAGCGAAUCAUAUUCCAUAUCGCGAUUCUAAGAUCACUAGGAUUCUACAAGAUGCUCUUGGAGGGAACUCCCGAACUGCAUUACUGUGUUGUUGUUCACCAAGCCCUUCUAAUGCGUCAGAAAGCCUGUCCACCCUGCGUUUUGGUGCAAGGGCAAAGCAUAUAAAGGCAUCGCCACAUGUCAGCUGCAAGGACGAUAAAUACACCAAGAAGAUUGGAGCUCCAACUCCUCCGCCUGCAGAUGAGUGCUGUCAGAGAAUUCUAGAAAAACUGAGGGACAUAAUGGAUGUUGAAGACGUGAAUUUACUUGAGGAGUGCUUCAUACAAGAGGGUAUUCUCUUCGAUAUCAACUCAGUAGAAGACUUGGAAUCAGCUUACGAAGACGUUACAUGCCGAACAAUUUCCUCAUUGCAACAAGCUGUAGAAGAACUUGUCGUCACUGGCGAAGAGCUUAUGAGAGAGAACAAAGCUCUCAAGGCCAGAUUGGAAGCUGCUGAAAGAUCUCUUGAGCUUCGCGAAGGGUAUGGGGAAAGAAUGAGCUUUGUUGAUAUGAUUAAAGACUUUGGAUUCUUCAUCCCAUGGUUUGGAUCUGUCUUUCAUGUCAACACGGUGGAAUGAUAUCUCCAUCAGUCUUGGGACAUGUAGUGGUACAGUCCGAAAAAGAAUUGCACUUCUUUACUUUCAUUCGUGUUACUGAAAUGAAGAAGGUUGAAAACUAGUUCUGUUUUCGCCGGCUAAAGCAAAACAUGUGGAAAAAAAAUCAAAGAGAAGAAUAGAGGUUCACCAAAGUGACUCAAGUGAGUACAUUCUUUGAUGAGUUUUUUUUGGUUCGCAAGCCAUUCUGUAUGUGUAUAUUGCUAAUGCGUCUAGGUUCUACAUAUUUCAAAUAAGUUCCUGAACAACUUUGGUAAAUCAAAAGAUGCAUAGAGACUAAAGAAUGCAGGAUCUGGGAAACUCUUCGGUAGACUUUCCGAGGUUUUAAGAGCUGCCAAAUCUGGCCUUGGCAAAAAUCAGGCAGUCAUCACAAGAAAUAGGUAGGAAAGGAAUCGCUUCCACCUGCAAAUAUCAAUUUUGUCUCUCUCUAUAAAUUGAAGGGUUCUCAGGGUUGCAAGGUAAAUAUUUGAUAAGGGAAUUUUGGGUAAAGGAUCUCCCUCAUUGGAAAUUUUUGUUGGUUAG